GCGGCGGCGGAGUCCCGUUGGGGGGGCGGACGGGUAACCCCUCCGUGGUGGGGGUCCCGACGUCAGGCGGGGGUGUGUAAAAUCCUCCCGUGAGGCGGUGGGAGGAGGCGUCGCUCAUUCCCUGGCCGUGGCUUGCAGCUCCCGGGUGGUGGAGAUCCAGUCGCAGAUGUCGGAGCGGGCUGUGGAGCUGCUGGGACUGCCCGAGGACCAGCCAUGCCUCCUCCUGGACGUGGGCUGUGGCUCUGGGCUGAGUGGGGAUUACAUCUCCGAUGAGGGUCACUACUGGAUUGGGAUGGACAUCAGCUCUGCCAUGCUAGAUGUGGCCAUGGAGAGGGAGGUGGAAGGAGACCUUCUUCUUGCAGAUGUGGGUCAUGGCAUUCCCUUCAGGCCUGGCAUGUUUGACGGCUGUAUCAGUAUUUCUGCAGUGCAGUGGCUUUGUAAUGCUGAUAAGAAAUCACACAGCCCUCCAAAACGCCUUUAUCGAUUCUUCUCAACUCUUUAUACUGCCUUGGCCCGAGGAUCCCGAGCCGUCCUGCAGCUGUACCCUGAGAACUCAGAACAGCUGGAGCUCAUCACAGCCCAAGCUAUGAGAGCUGGCUUUACCGGGGGAAUGGUGGUAGAUUACCCCAACAGUGCCAAAGCCAAGAAGUUCUUCCUUUGUCUCUUUGUUGGGGCAUCUGGCACUUUACCGAAGGGCCUUGGUACUGAGUGUGCUGAUGGAGAAGACAUACACCAGGCAAAGUUCACCAAUGAGAGGACACGGUUCAGAAAUGCCAAGGGCAAGUCUGUGAAGAAAAGCCGGGACUGGAUUCUUGAGAAGAAGGAGCGUAGGCGACGACAGGGCAAGGAAGUGCGAGCAGACACAAAAUACACAGGUCGAAAGCGCCGCCCUCACUUCUGAAUUGCUCUGGACACUGCUGGCAUGGAUGAUGGUGUGUUGGUCCCUCCAGUGAGCCUCCCGUGGAUGGCACAGAUGGGCAUGCCAGGCCUGGGACUUGCUGGGACGGGUCAUUGUGGCUCUUAAAGGUGUAAACUGGCUCAGCCAGCCAACUGCAAAGCUUUCAGCCUGGUCUUCCUGGAGAAGGUAGAGUGGUACAGAAUGCUUUGGGAACUUGGUGUCUGCAGUGCCAUUGCUUAUCUUCCUGAGAGUGCAGUGAGCCAUCUGGAGCUCCAGGUGAGCCAGAACAUUAUAUUCCGCCUCCUCACUAAACAGUUAAUGAGUGCU